GUCAGACGUGCCCAGCGCGUACAAGCUGAGGAAAUGUCGUAGAGGAAGAGGUUUUUUGUGGAGGUCGUGGGCUGUGGGUGUUGAGUUUGGGCCAUGAGUUAGUUUAGGACUUGAAAAUUUACAUGUACGCGGAGCUGAAGUGUGCACUGGACCAGCUUUCCCUAAAUGAGUCCUACUUUAAACCAACAUGGGUAAACAAGAAGUCUCUCUAAUUAGCAAGGUAAGCUAACCUCCAUUACCACUAUCUUGACUCAGAAGGUAAGAGACAAUGGAGGACUUCCCCACUGAAGAUGAGGGAGUGUUUUACUCCAAGGCAGAGCAUUACUGGAAGGAGGUACCACCCACCGUGGAUGGCAUGCUCGGAGGUUAUGGCAGCAUUUCUAGCAUCGACAUCAGCGGUUCCAAGAAGUUCCUGCAGAAGUUCCUUGGGGAGGGUAAGGGUAAGACAAGACCAGGUUGUGCACUGGACUGUGGGGCAGGAAUUGGCCGCAUCACCAAGCGUCUGCUACUACCCCUCUUUCGGACUGUGGAUUUGGUGGACGUGACCCAUGAGUUCCUGGAAAAAGCCCGUUCCUACCUUGGCGAAGAAGGGAAGAGAGUGGAGAAUUAUUUUUGCUGUGGCCUGCAGGAUUUCCAGCCUCAGCCAGAACGUUAUGACAUAAUCUGGAUCCAGUGGGUGAUUGGUCACUUGACCGAUGACCACCUAGUAGAGUUCCUGAGACGCUGUCGUGGCGCCCUACGGCCUGAAGGCCUGAUCGUGAUAAAGGAUAACGUGGCAUACGAGGGUGUGGUGCCCGAUGAGGUUGACAGCAGCGUAUGCAGAGACCUGCAGAUUCUGCACCGCCUGGUGGCCAGAGCUGGACUAGUCAUUGUCCACGAGGAACAGCAGCAGAACUUCCCUGAAGAGAUCUACCAGGUCCACACGUUAGCUCUUAGAUAGGAGCAUUGCGAGUAAAUGAGCCGUUGUUUAUGAUAAAGCAACUGCACAAACCAUGUUAAGUCUGUACAAGAUUCCUUAAUGCCAGUGUCAUUGCGGUUUCUAAUGAUACUUGACUGGAAAAGGAGCAAUAUGUGCCUGUGUCAAAGUGUGGGGGCUUUAAACAAGGGGGAGCCUUUCAGAUCUUGUUUGCCCGACUGAUUUGUGGACUGUUGCUGAAGGGUCAAAAGGUGCGUCAGGACAUAGAAGUUUAUCGUAUUAGCCUCCAAAACAUCUCAGGCCUGUAUUUUAUAGUAAGGCACCUUUAAUACAGCAGACAAAAUCCAUGGUAAUGAACGUGCUCCUUUAUGCAUCAGUUGGACUAAGACUUUGUAUUUAAACCAGCCUAAGUAUGUGUGCUUGCACUGGACUGAGCUGUCGGGGUGGAUGUGUGUAUAUAACUUUAGAGAUGUAUGUAUGCAUGUAAGUGUUUACUAUGAACGAGUGUGCAAAAAUAAAAUAAAGUUUGUAGAAGUUGA